AUGGAAAAGGCGCUGAAGACGGCAGUCCGCCAACGAGCGCAGAUCCACUCCAAAUUACUUCGAAUCGAGCAGACGCUGCAGGAAACGAAAGAGCCAACCGUUUCCCAGCUGAAGGUGCUCGCCAAAAACGUUGCGACUGUGUACGCGGAAUUUAGUGCCAUACACACCACCAUCGUAGGCCUAAUUCCAGACGGCGCAAUGGCAGAGCAGGACGGCGUCUACGACGAGUUCGAAGAAGUAUUCUACGAGGCGUCCAAUAGAAUCGAGGAGUUGCUGCUAGCCGCGGAAUCGAAGACAACGAACAACAAGCCUGCCGCGGCUCAAGUUGUCAUCCAGCAGCAACCGCUCAAGGCACCGAUCCCGACUUUCGACGGCACUUACGCUGCAUGGCCCAAGUUUAAGGCCAUCUUCGAGGACCUGAUGGCCAAUGCAGGCGACAGUGAUACUAUGAAGCUGUAUCACCUUGAAAAGGCAUUGGUCGGCGAGGCUGCAGGUGCAAUUGAUGUCAGCAUCCUCAACGCUGGCAAUUACAAGCAAGCCUGGGAGAUUCUGACGGAGCGCUUCGGCAAUCAUCGAGCCAUAGUGGACAGCCACAUCCACGGAUUGCUGAACCUCAAAAGGAUGACGUCAGAAAACUUCCACGAGCUAAGAGCUCUAGUCCAAGAGACUUCCCGACAUGUGGAAAGUCUCAGGUUCCUAAAACAAAACCUGGAAGGAGUGUCGGAACCAAUGGUGGUCCAUCUGUUGGUUUCGGCUUUAGACAAAUCAACCCGAAAAGCCUGGGAAGGGACGCAGCGGAAAGGUGAGCUGCCCCGUUACGAGCAGACGAUGGCAUUUCUAAAAUCCCGAUGCCAGAUUUUGGAAAAUUGCGCAGCAGCGUCAUCAUCAGCUCCUGUGGCCAAACUAAAGGGCAACCAUCCGCUUUCUCCGAGACAUCCAGCCCAGAAGAGCUAUACAGCAGCGGUCAUUCAGUGCGAAAUCUGUGGUAAGGACCAUCCUAAUAUAAAUUGCCCAGAACUGCUGAAAGGGACACCACGGGAAAGAAGUAACACCGCACAAAAGGCAGGACUAUGCUUCAACUGCCUGCGGAAGGGACAUCAGUUACGGGAAUGUCCCUCCAAGAGAAAGUGCUACAAGUGCCAGCGUCGCCAUCAUACGCUCCUGCACGAGGACGUAGCACCCACCGGCCAGCCAACUAUUUCCAUGGCAGCAGAAGUAGAACCUCAACCUCCGACCCCAAGAGUGCAUCCUCCAUCGACAGCGGCAGAGUACGGCGGACCAGUGGUACGAGAACAACUUUCGACGGCAUGUGCAUCGCAAACCAUCAAACCCAGUAAGAACGUCCUGCUGUUGACUGCCGUGGUCAACGUGCUGGACGCCAAGAACCAGCCACAUCGCUGCCGCGUCCUCCUAGACAGCGGUUCUCAGGUCAAUUUCCUUGCUGAGGAAAUGGCCAACCGUCUAGGACUGCCAAAGAGACCGGCCAACGUUCCGAUCGUGGGAAUCAACGCGUUGCGCACGCUCGCUCGCGACAAGCUGACCGUUACAAUACAAUCCCGGGUGAACAGUUACCAAACAAGCUUGGAAUGCUUGGUAACUCCAAAAAUAACUGGCACGAUCCCGUCGUGCAACAUCAACAUCGACAACUGGGACAUUCCGGAGGGAAUAACCUUUGCUGAUCCAACGUUCUACACGCCAGACAAGGUUGAUUUACUGAUCGGGGCUGAGUUGUUCUUCGAUAUACUCAAGCCAAGCCAACUCGAUCUUGCCGAUAAUCUACCUCGUCUGCAAGAUAGCCAGUUUGGUUGGAUUGUGUCCGGAGCCAUAGUAGAGCAGCAGAUUACCAUCCCAGCCAUAUAUUCCCACCACGCUUUGGUCGACAUCGAAAAAAGGAUCCAGCAGUUUUGGCAGAUUGAAGAGGUUCCAGACGUCCCGGAACGAUCCAUCGAAGAAGUGGAGUGCGAGAACCAUUUUCUAACUACAUAUAAAAGGGAUGAAUCUGGAAGGUUCAUUGUGCGACUUCCGUUUAACAAACAACAAACCCUGUUGAACAAUGGUCGCACAGUAGCCCUUAAACGGUUUAUGAUGUUGGAGAAACGACUGCUUCGCAACCCAGAGCUACAACAACAGUAUGUGGAGUUCAUCCGAGAGUAUGAAACUCUAGGGCACUGCCGACCAAUCCGUGAAUCCGACGAUGUACCCAACCAGCUGUCCUACUAUCUGCCACACCAUGCGGUUUUGCGGCCAUCUAGUUCGAGCACGAAAUGCCGAGUCGUGUUUGACGCCAGUGCAAAGGCAUCUCCAGCCGAGUUAUCACUCAACGACGUGCUGCAUGUAGGACCAGUUGUACAGAACGAUCUCUACUCCAUUGUUCUGAGAUUUCGAAUGUACAAGGUAGCCUUUUCGGGAGACAUCGCCAAAAUGUAUCGUCAGAUUCUCCACGCUAAAGAAGAUCAACGUUUCCUGCGGAUUUUUUGGAGACCACACCCUUCCGAGCCACUACGAGUCUUCGAGUUGUGUACAGUUACCUACGGUACAGCAUCAGCACCAUUUCUUGCCACCAAAUGUUUGCUCCAAUUGGUCGAGGAGGACGGGGAUGCCUUUCCGAUUGCAUCUCGCAUAAUAAAGGAAGAGACAUACAUGGACGACGUUCUCUCAGGUGCGGACUCGGUUGAGGAAGCUAUAGAAGCCCAACACCAACUUAAGCGGCUUCUCAACCAAGGAGGGUUUCCCAUCCGCAAAUGGUGCUCAAACUCGCUGGAGUUUCUUGAGCAUAUUCCAGUAGAAGAGCAAGAAAAAGCCAUCCCAAUGGCCGAACGAGGAGUGAACCAGGCGAUAAAGGUGCUUGGGUUACUCUGGGACCCAAAAGCAGAUCAUCUAUAUAUCGCUCACCAGCCGAAGCCAGUCGCAACAGCUGACCAAAGGGUUACGAAGCUCAUCAUUUAUUCAGAAGUAGCCAAAUUCUUCGACCCUCUGGGGUUAGUGUCUCCGGUCAUCGUGUUGGCUAAGCUACUCAUUCAACGUCUUUGGAAGCUGAAAACUGACUGGAACGACCCCAUCGACGAAGGAUCGAUGAAACAGUGGCAAGAACUCCAACCAUCCUUGCAACACCUGCAUCGCAUCCAGACUCAAAGAAGACCCGCAAACCAACGACAUACCAGCCCGUAUUUAACGAUUCCCGAGUUGCGCCGUUCUACUGAAGCCGUCAUCCGUGUCACCCAACUCAUCCAUCUUGACGACGAAAUCCAGCGAGCAGUGAAAAAUGAACCAUCGAAGAAGUUUGCAAACCUUCGUCCAAUCUACACUGAAGAGAUUAACGUUUAUCUGCGCAAGCGGCUGGGACACGACUGCCGAGCGACUGAAAGGGGUCAACUGAAGCUGUCCAAACCGAAACCAUAUGGCGUCCGAGGCAGCUCGCAACAAAAAUGA